CUCUCUUUCAAGAGAGUAAUUUUGUUAUUUGACAGUUUUACAGGUUUUUACACGAAGUUAUCUGGAACGCAACUUAUGUAUGAUUACACGAUCAAUGUGCAGAAGUCAAUCAAAGGUACAUUAGGGCUGUUCAGGAUCUUGUGCAUAUGCUCAUGGAUUUGUAUAUUCGUUGCAUUUGUAAAUUCACAACAAUAACAUGCACACGGUUGCCAUGGCAACAAGAAAAAAAAUUGCAAAUGCAACUCCAACUGCAAAUCUAAGACCACUUCCACAACAUCCUGAACAACCCCAGUAAUUUUUUUAUGGCAGUAAAAUUGAAUGUUUAGCGCAAAUAAUACUUUUUGGAUUAUUUUCCUAGGUUGAUGAGAAGUUGGUAAAAAAAUUUAAUUUAUUAAAAAAAAAAUUAUAAAACAAAAAUCGAAAUUUUACAAAGUGAUCACUUUAUUUUCUAGCUAAAAAUCGCGCGGGCUUUUGACAUUUUUUUUUGCUGUUAGUGUGACGUAUGGUCUUCCAUACAAAGUCUGUCCGAAACGUUUUUAUAUGGAGGAAAGUGUACAUAAAUAAAUUUGUAAAACUUACCAAUAGCUGAUGCUCUGAGUUCACAGUAUGAAAUAGUGUUGUGGAAUAUUUCUGCUGGAGCUGCAAAACUAUCGAUAGUUUAUAUCCCCAUCAAUAGUUUUGAAAAAACAAUCGAUGGCCGUCGAUAGUCUCAAAGAAAAUAAACUAUCGAUAGUGCCAUCGAUAGUUUUGUAACUAUUGUUUACUAUAUUGAAGAAAAGUAGAAAUUAUUAAACGCGUUAAAAAAUAAAUCAAAAUAUAAUUAAUGCACGCAAAAUACACGUGAAGGUUGCAAAGUUCGUAUAUCUAUGAAAGUGUAUCUAAAGUAUCUAUGAGUGAAACUUUGCUAGUGAAACUGCACGCGAUCUAACAACAAAUUAAUAAAAUACUUAAUAAUAAAUUCAAAGAAGUGAUAAAUGUAAAUAUAUACGUUUCUAAACAUCCCCGCCAAUCAUUGCUAAAUCACCCAAAAACCGAUGUAUGUGUUGGAAAGCCAACACAAAGGAUCUUAUGUUCCGACAUGAGUCAAAGAGUUUGUUAGCCUUGUAUUGAAGUGGAAAUAAGUUGUUCAAAUAUGCAGUGUCGUGCCUGUAUGCAAAUGGACUGCGUCGGGGCUGUGGAAAUGUGUUGUGCCGUAUCGGCAGAUGGGAAAACAUUGUACGAUUACUUUAACGAUUGUACACAGCUCCAUGCAACAUCCACUGACAAUCUUCCACAACUAUUAUGCUUAAAUUGCACACAAAUUGUGCGUUCAGCCUAUAAUUUCAAGGAAAUCGCUCGUCGCUCUGAUGAAGAACUGAGGAACAUUUUAGUUUUCCCAAAAACUGAGCCUGAAAUGAUUUAUGCCAACACUGAGCAACCGCAAGAUGCUGUGGAAUGCACAAAUGAUCCCUUAGCUACGAUACAACCAAGCCUUGUUGCUAUUGAAUCGUCAAUGAGCAUACCUGAACUAGAUAUACCUACGAUAGACAUUAAAUUUGAGAAUCCUGAGGAAUUAUGUCAAGAAUCACAAGGUGAUGAAAGGGGUGAUAGUGAAGUAUUGAGAGACAAAGUGACGCAUCCUUGUAAAUUAUGUGAUUGCAUAUACACUACAAAAAAGGAGCUAAAAAAUCACAUUUUUGACAUGCAUAAGACGCAUAUUAUCUGCAUUAAAUGUCCAAAGUUCUUUGACUUUCCCAAAGAGCUACAACUGCACGAAUCUCUUGUUCAUGCAACUGAAUCACCAAUGCAAUGCCCCUGGUGUAAAGAGUAUCACCCAAGAGAGGUCUUUAAUAAACAUUUGCGAUCUAAGCAUAGCAAGGCCUAUUCCAAAUAUUUUCCGGAAAAUGAAAUAUGUGAUCGUGGUUCGGGUGAGAAUACCUCGUUUCGUUGUGAGCAUUGCGAGCGAUACUUCUCAUCUGUUCUGGAGUUAGCCGAUCACAUUCAACAGCACGCAUUUGAUUGCCCAAUAUGCUCGAUGAGAUUUAAAAAACAUAGCACUUUCAGGGCACAUGUAAAACGAAUACACAAUCAUUCUAUAAGUAGCUUAAGAGCUUUAAUUUCUGAGGAGAAGGAAGAAAAUAAGCCAUUUCAAUGUUCCAUAUGUUCUAAACAGUUCAAGCAGAAAAGAUCUUUUCGCGAUCAUAUGAAACGUAAACAUAAUCAGAUCAUUAAAAAGCCUGAGGAGGACGAAAAUAAACUCUUUCAAUGUUCCCCGUGUUCAAGACAGUUCAAUAAGAAAAGAUCUUUUCAAGAUCAUAUGAAACGCGAACAUAAUCAAAGUAUUAAAAAGCGCCCCGAAGGCGAAGAAAAAGGUAAACUGUAUAACUGCCCAAUCUGUAAUAUGUGCUUCAAAAGCCAUAGUGCCGUGUUUUAUCACAAAAGGCGGAGGCACCCCUACAUAGCAACAACAGUCGAAGACGAUAUAAAUGCAAGCAGUAAUACCGAUACUGAAAAGGAGGAUACCGAAAACAGUGAAUUAAUUAGAUGUAAAUUUUGCAAUAAGGAAAUACCUGGCAACAGAAUAAAAUAUCAUGAAAAACGACAUAUUUAUGCGCUGAACAGGAAAAAGAAAUACCUUUGUUCAUUUUGCCCCCGUGAAUUUUAUUGUGAAACUUCGGUUAAGUUACAUGAAAAGAAGAUCCAUCUGUGCGCAAACCCCGAACGGAAAGAAUGUCCAAUAUGUCAGAAAGAAGUCGAUCCAGAUUAUCUUAAAUGUCAUAUUGACAAUGUUCACGCUUCAGAGCGCAAGUUUGUCUGCGAUGUUUGCGGCGAUUCGUUCAAAAGUUAUGUGCGGCUUCAGCACCAUAAGAGAUUACAUUUAGACCGUAAAUUUCCGUGUACGGUAUGUACAAAAAAAUUCAUACGCUCAAGUGAACUUAAAGUACACAUGCGUAGUCACACUGGUGAAGAACCGUACUCAUGUCAUAUAUGUGAUCGACGUUUUAAAAUCAAAGUUCGGCUCAGCUAUCACUUGCAGCAACACGCUGGCAUCAAACGAAAAUGCAAAGAGUGUGGAAAAGAGUUUAAUGACGUUAAACAAUUGAAAAUGCAUUCUUUCAAACACACCGGCAUGCCAUAUAGGUGUUCUGUUUGUGGUUAUGCUUGCGCACAACGUAAUGUAUUUAGGAAUCAUUUAUUGCGAAUGCACGAUAUGACAAUGACUCCGGAUGAAUAUUGUGCGAUGUUCAAGGCAAAUACUGGUCGGAAUCCUCACGUUAAAACAUUGGAGGAAUUAAAAUCGAGCGCAAAGUAAGGAUCAAGAAAAAUUACCAAACUAAAUGACUUAAAUGGACAAAUUAGCUAAAAGAUAAAUUAUUUGAACAAAUUUAUUAGACUUUCAGCGCUCUAUUCAGCUAUCGUUUUAUAUGGGCAAUUCUCAAUUAGCUCGAAUAGGCGCAUGACUCUGACAGGUUUUAUGCGGACACAUAAUUUCUGCUCCUUUAUUAACAAAAAUCAGGUUAACCGUCCUGUUCAUAGAUGGGUACCCGGGUACCUUUUGCAUAUGGGUGUUUCCAGCGGAAGGUCCACCACGACAAAAAAAAUAAAAGUUUUAUAUCUAACGUAUU